CGCGGCGGCGAGCGACUCCUCGCUCGCGCGGGCCCGUCCGGGACCCCGAGGCCGAGGCCGCCGCCCCGGGAUGCGGGCCCCGAGCUGAGCGCCCGCCAUGGCCGCCCCGCGGGGCGCAGCGGGCCCCUGGGGCCGCGCCCUGUUGGUGCUCCUGGCGGCGCAGGCCGUGGCCUUGUCGAGGGGCCCGGGCGAGGACGACGCCCCCGAGGAGUGGCUCCUCCUGCACGUGGUCCAGGGCCAGAUCGGGGCCGGCAACUACAGCUACCUGAGGCUGGGCCACGAGGGCAAGAUCGUGCUGCGCAUGCGGAGCCUCCGCGGGGACGCCGACCUCUACGUGUCGGACAGCACCCUGCACCCCAGCUUCGACGACUACGAGCUGCAGUCCGCCACCUGCGGCCCGGACACGGUCUCCAUCCCCGCGCACUUCCGCCGCCCCGUGGGCAUCGGCAUCUACGGGCACCCGUCCCACAGCGAGAGCGACUUCGAGAUGAAGGUGUACCUGGACAGAACCGAGGACCAGUACCCGUCCUCCGAGGCGGCCUACUCGGAGGGCGGGGACCCGAAGCAGGCGCGGGCCCCUGAAGAGGGGCCCCAGGAGGAGGAGUCCAUUCUCUGGACAAUUUUGAUUAGCAUUUUGAAAUUGGUACUUGAAAUUCUUUUCUGAUUACUUGAAUUAUUCUGGAGCCCCAUACCCCUAGUCUGUGAAUCUUGACUGCGGUUUGCUGGGAACCCUGCUACUUUGACCUGGUAGGAAUUAUGGCUACUUUCUCUAGACCGGGGAUGGAGAAAUAAAGCCAUACAAGUUUUGUUACCUCAGUUACUCCCGGAGUAAGGAAAGCGGCAAGCACAAUUAUUUAUUUUCUCCUAGAAAUAAGCUCAAUAAAAUGUUUAAACUCUGUUUUGGUGACUAAAAAAAAUCAGUGGCAACCCAAAACAGCGCCACGUUCCAUGCAUAUUAAAACAUUCGUGGCUACUAA